AUGAAAACUGCGGUUCAAGGUAUGGCGGUUCCGGUUUGCAACCAGCGAACCGGUUGGGCGAUCGUCGUGUCCUUUCACACAAAAUCCACAGUAAAAAAAUUCCACAGCAGAGAAAGGGAAGGGAAGGGCAGUUGCAUUGGGAAAUCGGAGGAAAUGGAACAAGUCAUCGGCGCGCUGAACCGAGUGGCGAACAGCAACGCCGUCCUCAACACGCUGCUAAUCGGGGCGUUCGGAGCCCUCGCGGCGAGGUCGCUGGUGCAGGAGCAUACAAUCAAGGCGCUGGAAGUGGAGAAAGACUCGCUGCUCAAAACAAACAAGGGUCUUAAACGAACCAUUUGGGAAUCCAAGCAGACGCUCUACGCAGAGGCGGAAGCCAAUCCGCAGGAAGCACUUGUUCCCCUUGCCAACCUCAGGUCUAUUUACGGCGAAGUUGCCGCUGCUACAGCUAAACCGCCUUCUGUUUCCGGCAACGAUGCUAAGCAAGAUGGGAAACCGCUCGUGAUCCUGUGAUCCACAAAACAGUUCAUUCCUGGCUUCCCAAGUAUUCAACUAAAAUAUCACAAUUGGCUUCAAACUUGGGAGAAAGCGUCACAAAAGCGAGUAGGCCCUUCUAUCCUCUUACCAUAUAUGCGAAACAAUUAGCAUAAUUCAUCUUCUUUUGAAUA